AUGUCUCAAACAAAGUUUGUGUCUAAUUGGAAGGGUGUUGAAUCAGUUCCAGAAACAUAUGUGUAUCCUCCAGAGAAGAGGUUUGGCGUCUCGGUGAAGAAGACGAUUCCAGUGAUCGAUUGGGCAAUAGACGAUCGAACUCUUCUCCUCAAAAAAGUUCACGAUGUUACUCAAGAGUUUGGAUUUGUCCAGGUUAUAAACCAUGGUGUCCCAAAAACAUUGGUAGAAGAGACGAUGAAGAUCCUGAAGGAGUUUCAUGCCAUGUCACCAGAAGACAAAGAGAGGGAAUGCUCCAAAGAUCCAGAUCAUAAAAGUUGUAGAGUUUAUUCAAGCUCUCAAAAUUAUGAAACUGAACAAAUUCACCUCUGGAAAGAUACUUUGAAGUUAACAUGUCAUCCUAAUUUGGACGAAAAUGUUCAGUUUUGGCCUCAAAAUCCCCCUAAAUUCAGGGAGGUGGUGAAAGCAUAUCUAUUGAAGAUAGAAAAGUUUGCAUUAGAGAUAUUAGAGGUGUUAAGUGAAGGGUUAGGACUUGAGAAAGGGUAUUUGAGAGGUGAAAUGAGUAAAAAUCCAGAGUUGUUUGUACACCAUUACCCACCAUGCCCAAACCCUAGCUUGACUAUAGGGUUGAACCAACAUGCUGAUCCAACACUCAUCACCAUCUUGUUUCAAGAUGUCAAUGGCCUUCAAUUCCUCAAAGAUGGUCAAUGGAUUGAUGUUGAUCCUCUUCCUAAUGCCUUUCUCGUUAAUCUUGGCUAUGUUCUUGAGGUGAUAAGCAAUGGGAAGAUGAAAGCAGUGGAACAUCGAGUUGUGACAAAUACUACAACAUCUCGACAAAGCUUGGCGUAUGUAGUUUAUCCUGGAAAUGAUGUGAAUAUAGAACCAUCAAAAUGUUUCAUAAAUGAAGCCAACCCUCCACAUUAUCUCUCCCUCGAGUUCAAAGAUUUCAUCAAGAAACUUAUGUCUAAGCCUCCUGACAGGGAGACAGCAUUGAAGUUUAUUAGCUUCAACCAACCUUAG